AAAGGCUCCUCCGUUAGAUAUAAAGCAGGAAGUAUUUUAGGAUUGCUGACUCUGGAGUGGAUGUGAAGCAGAGAGCAGCUUCGACAGGAUCUCAGAGAUGUCCAAAGCGAAGGCUGCACCUCCUCCUGGGUGCACUCUGAAUAUCAGCGACCCUCAGGUCCAGGAGGCUGCUAUCCGAAUCCAAGCCUCGUAUCGCGGACACAGGUCGCGUAAAGAACUGCGAGAGAAAGGCCCUCCCAAGAUCCUGCAGGAGCUCAAAGAUGUGGUUCUUGUUGAGGGCAGCGCUGCGAAGCUGGAGUGCAGAGUUAGUGCAUUCCCAGACCCUUUCAUCGUCUGGUACAAGGACGGCAAAGAGCUGAAGGAUGGACCCAAGUACCGCUAUGUUUUUGAAGACCCAGAUUUUGUGGCGCUCGUGGUCCUGGAUGGGGUCCUGGCUGAUUUGGGAAAAUACAGUGUUACCAUUAAAAAUCCAUUUGGACAGACAAGUGGAUCUGCCUGUAUUUUAGUGGAAGUCCCUGCUAAGGUUUCUAAAGGCCCAGACAACAUUAAGGCCAAGAGAGGAACAACCGUGGUGCUCAAGGCGAAUAUAAGCGGGGAGCCCCCUCCAGAUGUCGCCUGGCUCAAAGAUGGAGAUGACAUUGAAGAAGACGACAGGGUAUUCUUCGACAUCGGAGACACCAACACAAUCUUGACCAUCAAAAAUGCAAAGCUCUCUGACGCUGGCAAGUAUGAGGUGUUUGUGGAGAACAAUCUGGGCACGGAUCAGUCGUUUGCUCGCGUCGACAUCCUCUGAUGCAACGUCUCAGCUACGCCAAAGCUAACGCGACGUCUCUUAUAAUCAAUCCAACUGACAAUAUACUGUAUUCAUGCUGCGUUCCAAGCUGUACAUAACUUCAAUCAUGCUCAUAAUAAAAAGCAGGUUAAAACAUU